ACCCCGCCCCCCGACGCCUAACUUAAACGCAUACCGACCUGCUGGAUGCGGAUUUGUAUUAAACCUCAGAGGAAAUUAGUCGGCGCUUAGGAAUCGACUCCUUGGUGAUCCGGAUCUUUCUAGGAGUCGAGCAUGACCGGUGAGUUGCAGAGCUGCAGUAGAGGAGAGACACGACGCGUGUCAACACGACAGCAUGGUCACGUCUCGAUUGUAAUGCGCUCGCGGUGGUGCCCGUGCGCGCUGUGAUGCUAUGCGUGGAUGCGCGUGGUAUUUGCGCGUGGACGCUCCGGAGCUGCGCACUGCAGACUGGGCCGGUGCCCCACAGGGGGCUUCUAUCAGCAUCCUGUUUCUCUGCGCUUCUCCUGCAGCAUCCCGCCGAUGGUUUGAUCAGCAAUCGCUAGACAUCAUGGUGAAGAAUCAGAGUCUUCCUUCCUUUACACGUCUGAAACGUGAGUGAGUGAGGUGGGCCAUGCUCUUUCCAGAGCGUGGGGUGGUGGAGGAAUGGCUCUCAGAAUUCAAGACUUUACCUGAUGAUCUGAUCCCUGGUUAUACCUGCUGCCUGCAUCUGAAGAAAGGUCUGGUGCCUGCACUAUAUGCUGUCAUACAGGAGCAGCCUAGCAGUGAGCUUUUGGCUCCAGUUUGCCACCAGCUCUUUGAACUCUACCGGAGCACAGAGGUGGGAUUACGACGCUUCACCCUGCAGUUCUUACCCGAGCUAAUCUGGGUGUACCUGCACCGCACAGCCAGCAGAGAACGCCACCGCAACGGCUGUGUAGAGGCCCUAUUGCUGGGGAUUUACAACCUGGAGAUUGUGGACAGUAAGGGGAACAGCAAGCUUUUGUCCUUCACCAUACCCUCUCUUUCUAAACCUUCCAUAUACCAUGAGCCCUCCAGUCUGGGCUCCAUGGCUCUGACAGAAGGAGCGCUCAGCCAACAUGACCUGAUCAGAGUGGUGUACGCUGGCCUGCUGCCCCAGAGAGAGACUUUUACUUCUCAAAACAGGUUUGAAGUGUUGUCUUUCCUCAUGCUCUGCUACAACUCUGCUGUGGUCUACAUGCCAGCUUCCUCCCAUCAGUCAGCCUGCAGAAUGAGCUCACAAUUGUGCGUGUGUGGAUACCCACGUCAACAGCAGAAGUUGUGGAGGGAAUCCUGCAACCGUGUGCGUCUGGAUCCGGAGUUCAUGGUGCAGAUGCUGACUGCAGUAUAUCACGCCAUCUACAAUGGCCAAUGGGAACUCGGAAGAGAAGCGUUGGAGGACAUCUUAUAUAGAGCGCAACUUGAGCUAUAUGCCAAGCCACUACUAGUAGCCAAUUCAAUGAGAUGUUCUUUGCCACCCCGUCCACCAGAGGGGACACGAAAUCUUCUGGGGGUCGAAGCCACGCCCACAAGCAAACGCGUCUCUCAGACGGCCAUCACGGCCGCCUCGAUCCGUAGACUCCGCUGGAAACGAGAGGGCUGCUUUGAUUUCUCAACCUCGGCCGACUUCUAUUCCUCCGUCGCACCGUGUCGCUUCUCGUCCCUGAAAAACCCACUCAGCCCGGUGUCCUGUUGGUCCACAAAGUGCGCCAUCCAUCGUACUAUGAGAGGGGAAGCUGAUGGUGGGAGCUGUGGUGAAGACUCGUUUGACCCAGAUGAGGGUUUCUCCUCCGGGGCCUCCAGCAGUAGCCAGCCCAGCAGUAUGAAAAGGGGUCGGGUGGCAGGACGGCGUCAGUCCCGAGAUCCAGCAGUUUGGCAGAAAGAAAACACAUCUGACGAGAUCAGAGCUGAUUUGUGCACACGCCACCAACACCACCACCACCACCACCGCUCGCCUCCUCCAGCCAUCACGCUCCACACAGCAGAGAGCAGCAGAAGCCCCAGCCCCAGCAUGGCCAGGAGGUUCCUAGACCCGCAUUACCUGCCUCCUUUCACCAGACCUCCAGCCAGAACUGCUAGCACAUCUUCCAGCAAAUCCCUGGACUGCACCGGGUUCAAUGGGUCAUCCGGACCCACAGAUAGUUUGUCGUUUGGGAGCCUGAAUGCAGAUAGAGCUCACUGUUUGUCAGCGAUCAGCCUGCAGGAAAUGCAACUGAGGCAGGCAUCGCAAAGCCAAGAUCUGCUCUCACCCGGAAGUCAGUUUUCCUCUGCGAGCCCUCUAUCUAAACAGUCUCGCUCAUCCAGUUUUAAUAUGCAGAUUAUAUCACAAGUGUAGGCUAAUCUGUGUCUCUCUCUCUCUCUUUAUCAGUGUGUCUCACUGUGUGAAUGUGUAUCUGUGUGCAGGCUGACUGAAAUAUUGUGCAUGUGUACGCGCAUGUCGCCGUAUAUGUUCAGUAGUUGUAGCAUACGAGAUGUGUGUGUGUAUGUGUGUUUGUGCAUGUCUGCGUACAUAAAGUAAAAAAUUUACAAUGACACCAUUAUGCACUGACAGUUUUUGCGGAAGAACGACACGUUUUGCACCGUACCUUCCCUGGACAUGUGACCCAGAUAUGCAUCUAACGUGCCCUAACGUAUAUGAAGAGGAACUCCAGUUGAAAAUCCUGCUGUAUCUUAACAAUAGUCUCAAAACAAACAUGACAGACGUAUGAUAAAUUCGUAGACGAGUGGCCUGACGAUGCAUGAUCCAAAGAAUGCAAAGUGUGAGACGCUUUCCAGGAGGUAUUAAUGAAUGAAUUGCUUGAAUUUGUCCUGCCGUGAAUGGUUUAGAUUGAGCUCGCUAGUGUUGUCUGUGCUACUGAUCCAUGGAAAUCCCAGAGCCUCAAAGAAACUCACUGAAAAGCCACAUUGUGUUAUGAAUAGAGUCUAUUCUUGGAAGACAGUUUAUAUCUUGGAGAAAAAUGUGUAUUUAUGUAAAUUAAUAUUGUAAGAUAGGAAGAGAUAUAUGCUGUGACAAGAUCUCUAUAUUGCUUGUACAGAGGUGAAUAAUUAUCUGUUCAAUGGUGAAUAAAUAUAUCAGAAAGAUCA